AUGGCUUUUGCCAGCUACACUGCAGGGUUCAGAUCCCUGCUUUUGGUGCUGGUUCUAGUACUCAUAGUAAGGAGCUCACCACAUGGCAGGGUAAUUCAUCCUCAACCCCGCAAGCAUGGGAGCUCUGUGAGGCUCAGCGAAGAGUGCCUGAACCAAAAGGAUCUCAAAUUCCCUACAAUGGUGAACGUUGACAUUCGCAUCAGCAAUCCAGACCAUGCCUUUACAAUGGGCCAUGAUGUCAGGAACCGCUCUCUUGCUCCUUGGGAUUACAGGCUCGAUGAGGACCCCAACCGCUUCCCCCAGGUGAUUGCUGAUGCUGAGUGCCGCCUCUCCAGCUGCAUGAACCCACAGGGGCAGGAGGACUACAGCCUCAACUCUGUCCCCAUCCAACAGGAGAUCCUUGUCCUCCGGCGGGAUCAAGAGGGCUGCCUGCCCACCUACCGCCUGGAGAAGAAAAUCAUCACUGUGGGCUGCACCUGUGCUGCUCCAAUUGUCUACCGCCACUCCUAG